ACAGCGCUUCGCCUCCCUUUCCUUUGCUUGAGAGUAGUAGCCAGCAGUGUGCAGGCGUAAGGGCAGCACAUAUGUCCGCGCGGUGCGCGUUACGGCGAGUGACUUGCCCUGCAGCGAGCAGGCAGGACGAGGAGCUGGGCGCUGAUCGAGCCUGACGAGCCCUCGAUGUACGAGUAUGUAUACAUACGGCUUGUGCUGUGGGACAUGGAUGUCUGUGAGAGUCGAGCGGCGAUCACUGGCGGGCCGCCGCCCACCGCCCACCACUUUGUUACCAACACGGCACACCCUCCCCUCGUCCCCUUGCAUCCCGCACCUUGCCGUCCACAUGGCACGGUGAGGGGAUGCAGUCCUUCGAAGCGUGAAUGUGUGUGUGUGUGUGUGUGUAUGAAUAUAUGUAUGUAUGUAUGUAUGUAUGUAUGUAUGUAAUUUUGACGCGUUCAGGGGAGGCCAGACUUGUCCACGCGAGUUGAAU